AUGGAGAGUGCUAAUGCAUCAACAAUAAUGUCAAUGGAAAAUAAUGUUAAAGAUGUCGGGCUCAUUAAUUUCUUGGACGAGGAUAAUUUUGAACAGUUCAUUGAGCUUAUUAGGGGUGAAACUGGUGACCCUAUUGUAAAGUUUUGCCCAACAUAUGAUUGUGAAUACAUCACAGGUUGUUUUUCCGCUGCCAAUGCCCAAUUUGAGCCUACAUCGAUGGAUUUCAAUGAUUGGAAUACUACAAGAAUGUCUGAUCCUUUUUCUCUUUAUACUUCGCUUCCCGGAAAAAUGAAGAUCCACGAAGAAGAUGAGGAGGAAGAUAAUGAUUGUGAUGAAUCUUCUGCCACUAUGACUACCUCAACAGUGACUCCGGGUACACCAACAAAGAAGAGCACAAGAACUGACCGGUCGAGAACAUUGAUUUCCGAGCGGAAAAGGAGAGGAAAAAUGAAAGAGAAGCUUUACGCUUUGAGAUCCUUAGUUCCUAAUAUCACAAAG